AUGAGGGUGAAGAAGCAAAUCAGUGGAAAAGAAAAAAAGAAACAGGUUGAAGACAAGGACUUUGAAUUUGGAAGAAGUUUGAAUCUGGGUAAGGAAGGUGCCCUGAAUGGAUAUAUCCACCUUGAAAAAGAAGAAUGGCCUUGGAAUACUCACACUUUCAAUCUUAAAACUUAUUACACCUUUUGGGGGCGGGUCGAGCGUCCCGGAGCCGUGUGUCCGCGACCCCGCCCGCCGCCCAAGCUCCGGGAGGAGCGGGCCGGGCGCGGGGGAAGGGCCCGGGGAGGGCCUGGGCGGGGUCCCGGGCUGGGCACUCCACGGCCUCUCGCACCCGGCGAGCUCGCCGGCUUCUCCAGAGCUCUCCGGAAAAAGUUAUUAUCUUCCUCCCCUGUGCUCCUGUUUGCACUUAUAUUUCUCCUGGACAGUGUUGAUGGCACUGAAGAUGUUUCGCUGUUUGAUGCUGAAGAGGAGACUGCAGAUAGGCCAAAAAAAUCCAAAGUCAGACACCCAGUGGCGUCAUUUUUCCAUUUAUUCUUUCGAGUCAGUGCAAUUGUAGUCUGUCUUCUCUGUGAAUUGUCCAGCAGCAGCUUUAUUGCCUGUAUGGUGACAGUUAUCUUGUUGUCAUGUGACUUUUGGGCAGUGAAGAACGUCCCAGGUAGACUAAUGGUUGGCCUACGAUGGUGGAAUCAUAUUGAUGAAGAUGGCAAGAGCCAUUGGGUGUUUGAGUCCAGGAAGGCAUCCCCUCAGGAGAAUAAAACUGUUUCGGAGGCUGAAUCGAGAAUCUUCUGGUUAGGGCUCGUUACCUGCCCGGUGCUGUGGGUGGUUUUUGCCUUCAGUGCCCUCUUCUCCUUCGGGGUGAAAUGGCUGGCGGUGGUUAUCAUGGGCGUGGUGCUCCAGGGUGCCAACCUGUAUGGCUACAUCAGGUGUAAAGUGGGCAGCAGAAAGAACUUAACCAGCAUGGCCACUUCCUACCUGGGAAAGCAGUUUUUAAGAAAAAACUUGGAAAAUGGUCAGACUUCCUGAAGAGAGACAAAGCUUAUGUGUUCUGUUACAUUGGGGAAAAACUGAAGAGAUUUUUGACUGAACCGUUUAGAGCUUAGUACUUGUUGCAAAGAGGAGGGUUGGGUUCGUUUCUCUAUUUAAAAUGUUUAUUUUUAAAAAAGGAAAAAAAUAGUUUGUUUUUUCUUUUUAGUUUGAAGGUUUGGUAACACUAGAAACAUUGUCAUAAUUUAUUUCAUGAUAUAUUUAAGUAGGUGCAUAAUCUUGUCAUCUCUGUAUGUCACAAAUUAGUGAAAGCAUCUGUGUA